GCAAAGGAAAACUGAGACAUCGGAGCUGUAAUAAACUACGUCACUGUUUUCUUGAUACUUCUAAACCACUGCAAAAACUAAUAAAAAAACUCGUGAUCUUACAGUUCACAAAAUCACCGGCGAAGGUUCUUACAGCCGCCCCACACACUGUCUCCGAAUUGUUUGCCGCCGUAAUAGACAUGAGGGCCUGAUCAGAUAAGUAAAUCCCUAAUGAUAGUUGGAUCAUUAUAUUGACUCUCUUGAUCUUGGAAUAAAGCAUAUUAAUUUUGAAAUCCCUUCAAUUUAUAGUUUUUCUCUAAUCCAUGACCAUUGUGCUUUGUUGGGCAGAUAAGUAAAGUAACUCCCUAAAGAUAGUUGGAUCAUUAUAUUGACUUUCUUGAUCUUGAAAAGGAUCGAUAAAUGGCUGAGAUGAUCGGUCCAAGAUUAUACAGUUGCUGCAAUUGUAGAAAUCAUGUUGCCCUUCAUGAUGAUAUCAUCUCUAAAGCAUUUCAGGGUAGAAAUGGUCGAGCUUUUCUAUUCUCCCAUGCCAUGAAUAUUUCUGUGGGGCGUAAGGAAGAUAGGCAGCUCAUGACUGGUCUUCAUACAAUUGCCGAUGUUUAUUGUUGUGACUGUGGUGAAGUGUUGGGUUGGAAAUACGUGAAAGCUUAUGAGGAAUCGCAAAAGUACAAGGAAGGAAAGUUCAUUUUGGAGAAAUCGAGGAUCGUUAAGGAAAACUGGUAGUCAAAAUGGUAUAAUUUGCCGUAUUAAUCGGGUGUUUAUUAUAUCAAAUGAUUCAUAUCUGUUCAAAGUAUUGAUUCAUUGUUCGUUUUCUGUUCAUAUAAGUAAGCUCUAAAUAUUUUUCAUUUCUCUGUGAAGAUUGUGGAUGGAUGGUGUGUGUAAGUCUGUUUAUGAUUUCAUGGGUUAUAUUAUAUCCCAAAUUCAAUCAAUUGAUAUAUAUGUGUAUGAUCAAGUUAUCAACUUUGUAUAAAUUUUAUUUUAUGUUCAAUCUUUUUGGUUUGUG